UUGAAAAGUUCGUUUCGUUUGUGUUUUGUUUAAAAUUAGGAUUAUAUUGGUUUUUCUUCUAUAUAGAAAAGGCAAAAAGUGUACGACACGACAAUAUUGUCUUAAUAAAACUUAAGUGUUAUUAUAAAGGUUUCAAAGGUUUUAAGUUUAUUAUUAUAAGUUGUAAAUAAAAUGCCAAGAACAAAACGGCCGGUUAAAAAAGUAGACAAAGUCACAGAUAGUGAUGAAACAUUGAAAAAAUUAAAUAAACUAGUUGCUGAUCAAAAGAAUAAGAUCGACUCUCAUGCAUACAUGGAGCAGAGGAAUGUUGAAGUAGCUUUCAAGAUACUUCUGGGUUCAAUAAAAGCCUCGUAUUUAGAGAAAACUGUAGGACAGCUGAAAACGGAGCUAUCACUUAGAGAGGUGACAAACAAACGAGCAACACGGAAUUCAAACAGACCAGACUCACAUGAUGAUGGCUAUCUCACUGAAAACUCUGCCCAUGAUUCCGGAGAAAGGAAAAACAAGAAGCCAUUGGGUCCGCCAAGUACAAUAGGCCGUAAGACGACACGACGCUCCAGGUCAGCGGACGCGAGUCGCAUGCUUACAGUCAGCAAGACGCAUAAUCGUUCCCAGUCCGUGUACAGGACGCCUAUGUAUAAUAAAAAUCCAAUGAACUAUCCUGCUAUUACACCUAAGGUGGCUCCACACACGCCGCUGACGGUGCUGCGUCAGCCGCGUCAGGGAGAGAUGGUAGUCUCCAUGUCAGGUUCCCCCGUAUUGGUGCCCUCCGUAUAUGCUAUGCAACAAAAUGAGAAAGCAAGUUGCAAUAUAAUGUUGAACGAUGGCACGAUGCUGUCGCUGCAGCCGCGUCAGCUUCGCCAGUCGCAAGCCUUUAUACCAUUCUCUCUCAUGGAUUCUCAAGUUCUCAGCCAGCUAAAGACCCUCAAAGACAACCUGGUGAAGAUGGUGGAACUCGGAGAGAAGACCAUUGAAAAAUGACCGAAAUAGUGUUGGUUUAAUCAUAGUGCCUUAAUAAUAGUAA